AUGGUUCAGAUCAGGCAGGUCACUGGAGAAACGGGCAUGCUAAGUGCAGAGGACCCAUGGGGGCAGUUAGGACAUGAGCGUCACCCCCUGUCUCCACAGCGUCACCCCCUGUCUCACAGCGUCACCCCCUGUCUCCACAGCGUCACCCCCUGUCUCUCACAGCGUCACCCCCUGUCUCCACAGCGUCACCCCCUGUCUCACAGCGUCACCCCCUGUCUCACAGCGUCACCCCCUGUCUCCACAGCGUCCCCCCUGUCUCCACAGCGGGGGGACGACUGGCUGAGUAAGUUUGGUUACCUCCCGCCCCCUGACCCAGUGACUGGACAGCUCCAGACCAAGGAGGCGCUCACCAGGGCCAUCAAAGCCAUGCAGAAGUUUGGCGGACUCAAAGAGACCGGAGUCUUAGAUGUGUCCGAGUCGGAGGUGACAGUCGGCCGCAGGAGACGAAGUGUGCUCCCCCCGAACAAAUGGAACAAGAGGCAUCUGUCCUGGAGGUAG